AUGGUGUUAAUAGACAUAAUUCUACUGUGCAUAGCAGCUAUUUUUCUCCGUCUAUGGUGGCGGCAUUGGUCCGCCACCGGCGGCGGAGCAAAGAAUCUUCCGCCAGGGCCACCAGGUUGGCCGUUAGUGGGGAACCUAUUCCAAGUCAUCCUCCAACGCCGCCCUUUUAUAUAUGUUGUACGUGAUUUACGUGAAAAAUAUGGCCCUAUUUUCACCAUGCAAAUGGGACAACGAACUAUGGUAAUAAUCACGAGUUCAGAGCUUAUCCAUGAAGCUCUGGUCCAAAAAGGUGCAAUGUUUGCCAGCCGGCCGCCGGACUCACCGAUUCGACUCAUUUUCAGCGUCGGAAAAUGUGCCAUCAACUCGGCGGAAUAUGGUCCUCUGUGGCGGAUCCUGCGUCGGAACUUUGUCACCGAGUUGAUUAACCCUACUAGGAUCAAACAGUGCAGUUGGAUCAGAAAGUGGGCUAUGGAGAAUCACAUGAGGAGGCUUCAAGAUGAGGCUUCCAAGAAUGGCUAUGUAGAGGUGAUGAGCAAUUGCAGGCUCACAAUUUGUAGUAUUCUUAUAUGUUUAUGUUUUGGUGCAAAAAUCUCCGAAGAUCGUAUCAGAAUAAUUGAAAGUAUACUCAAAGACGUGAUGAUGGCAACAACGCCAAAGCUACCGGAUUUCUUGCCGCUGUUCGCGCCGCUGUUCCGCCGCCAUGUGAAAGAGGCAAAGGAGCUGAGGAAGAAGCAACUUGACUGCUUAAUUCCUUUGAUUCGAAACAGAAAGGCAUUUGUUGAUGGCGGAGGAAACCCUAGCGCCACCACUUCAGAAAUGGCGAGCCCACUUGGCGCCGCCUAUAUUGAUUCCUUGUUCCACCUCGAACCCGCCGGCCGGGGCAAGCUUGGGGAAGAAGAAAUUGUUACACUGUGCUCUGAGGCAAUCAACGCUGGAACUGAUACAAGCGCCACCGCACUAGAAUGGGCCUUGCUGCAUUUGGUAAUGGACCAAGAAAUCCAAGAAAAGCUCUACAAAGAAAUUGUAAACUGUGUAGGGAAAAAUGGGCCAAUCACAGAAGAUGAUGUGGAGAAAAUGCCCUAUCUUGGUGCAAUUAUAAAAGAGACUUUCAGAAGGCACCCUCCAAGCCAUUUUAUGCUAUCUCAUGCAGCCAUAAAGGAUACAGAACUCGCCGGAUACACAAUUCCGGCGGACGUGAACGUUGAGUUUUACACUGCAUGGCUGACAGAGGAUCCGAGUGCAUGGCAGAACCCUAGCGUGUUCCAGCCGGAGAGGUUCUUGACCGGUGACGGCGUGGAGGUGGACAUCACCGGAAUGAGGGGAGUAAAAAUGUUACCGUUUGGUGCCGGCAGGCGAAUCUGCCCUGCUUGGACACUUGGUACGUUGCAUGUGAAUUUAUUGUUGGCUAAAAUGGUACAAGCUUUUAAGUGGAUACCUAUUCCGGAUAACCCACCCGACCCGACAGAGACCUUUGCUUUCACUGUUGUAAUGAAAAAUCCUCUAAAAGCAAUACUUCUUCCCAGGGCAAAGAUUUGA